UAGGAGUCUGUUGCCGAUUUCAUUGGACUGCUUUCAAGAUUGUUCCCAACUCCAACAUGGCUGCAUCUGGCAUCGCUGAACACAAUGAAGCCCGCAGGAAGGAGAGGUUGAUGCAGAAAAUUGCAUUCAAGAAAAAGACCUUGGCUAAAUCCCUUCAAGAGCAGUAUGGUGAUAACCCAGACAUGCUUGCCAUGAUUAACGGUACCCAGCCAGACACGUAUGAGAGAGAACUGAACCAGUCUAGGAAAUCUGGGUCACCCCCUGGCCGUGGUGGGGAUAUACGACACGACGCCCAAUAUGUCGACCAAAUGAGACGUAACCAGUUACGAAAAGAACAAUUAGUUGAAUAUUCUGCAAAGAUACCCAACAGAUUUUCAUCAGUAGAUUAUGUAGCACAGUGGUGAGCUGAAAAGGACACAACAGGCAAACAAACCCAGUUUCCUUGGAAACAGAUUAUAAUGGAGAAAAUUAUUUUCUGCAGUACGUCGCUCAAAAAUGUUCAUUUAUUUCUAGAUAUUUGCUAGGUUAUUUUUUUCUUGCAUUCUUUUAUACUACAUUACCUUAUUUCAAAUAGUAUUGAAUAAACUCCUUUAACCGUUAAAAUAUUGUUAUUUUAUUUUUUGCACCAUUUGGACAUUUUUGGAUUUUAUUAAAAAGCAAAUCCUGUUCAUGACUUAAUUAAAGUUAAGAAUCAUUGUAUUGUGAAGUAAUGUAUAAUGUAAUGAGAUAUGUUUUCAUAAAUGAAGAUGAAAGGGAACAACUAACCAAAUCAAUGGGAAUUCUAUUUAAUUCUAAUAUUUUCAGUAUUAUAUGUAGUCACUUCUCUGUGAUAUGUAUUUUAUAUAUUUGCUCACAUAUAAGAUAUACGUUAUUGAUUUAUUGUUGAUUAUUUACCCCCAAAGUAUCUUUGUUAUUGUAUAGUAAAUUUAAGAAUGGUCUAUGUUUAAGUUUAAACUGUAAAACAAAACUUGAAUCCCUGUGUGCCAGCAGAUGUUUAACCCUUUCAGUGCUGGAACCGAAUUUUGAAAGCCUUUGCAAACAGUUUGGAUCCAGAUGAGACGUCACAGAACGUGGCAUCUCAUCAGGAUCCAAACUGUUUGCUAUUCUGAUAGUUUUCUUUGAACAAAAUUGAAGAAAAUGCUAAUUUUAGAAAUUCAGCAGACAACAUUUUAGCAGACAACAAAUUUCCCAGCAUGCAAAGGGUUAAGCUAAAAUAAAGAUAGAAUAAACUGAUGUCCAGAGUUUUACAUUAGAUUACAACUUUUGUUAAAUACUAUUAAGCCAGUUUCAAGCAAGUCAUUUUUGUCUCUAGUUUAAUUAAAAGUAAAUAUCUUUGUUGUUUUUUUAAUCAUUUGGUAUGUACACAGAAUUUUAUUUUGUUGGAAUGUUUUACUGCCAUGAGAAAAAUGCAUCUUAUUUUGGAGUCUGUACAGUACUGUUAAAAACACAAGUUUGGUAAUUUGCUGUUUGUUUCAUCAGUAUUAUAUUUAUUUAUAUGAACUUACACUGUGUCAAUAUUCUUUUCACCCAUUUCAUAUUACAUACAUUUUUGCCCUUUUUGUAUUUGUCUCUUAGAAAUCUUGCUUUGUAUAAGUUUUGUAUUCUGAAUUGCUGUUAUUCAUCUUUGUUUCAUAAAUGUUGUGCAGUGUAAUAAAAUCCCAAAAAUAA